CGGUAGUUAGGAAGUUUAGAUGAACCCACGCUCAGCCUAAGCCCUCGGCCGACCUGGGGCCGAGGGGCCGACCCGGGCUGCGGCGGCCCGGUCGAGCGGAGAGGGCGGGGCGGCUUCUGGGCCAGUGCUGGCGAGCCCUGGCAGGGCGCUCUUCUCGUGCCAGCGUCGCCCCGCCUCCAGGGUAGGACCCGCUCCUGCCCUCCGGGCCUGGGACCCGGCGGGCGCUUCUGCGAGGCUGCCCGGCCGCUCCGCAUCCGGUCCCGGGCAGCUGGGUGGAGCGGGGGUGCGGCACGCGGCCGGACGGCCUCCUCCCCGUCUUUGCGGCCUUCUCCCGGGCUGCCCAAACGCUGACGUGGAACAGCCUGUUCAGAAACCCCAUGGAGAAGUUUGGGAUGAAUUUCGGGGGCGGCCCGAGCAAAAAGGACCUGCUGGAGACCAUAGAGACGCAGAAGCAGCAGCUCCUCCAGUACCAGGCACGGCUCAAGGAUGUGGUCCGCGCCUAUAAAAGCCUGCUGAAGGAGAAGGAGGCGCUGGAGGCCAGCAUCAAGGUGCUGUCGGUAUCCCACGAGGCGGAUGUGGGCCUUGCUGGUGUCCAGCCUCCAGGCCUCACCUUUCCUGACUCUGUGGAUGAUCGAUGCUCCACCCACAGCGAGGAUAGCACUGGGACCGCCACCAGCUUGGAUACUGCGGCCAGUCUCACCAGCACUAAGGGUGAGUUUGGGGUAGAAGAUGACAGACCGACCCGUGGACCACCACCUCCAAAGUCUGAAGAGGCCAGUGGGUCUGAGAGUGGUGUUAGCAGUAGCAGCGGGGAUGGGCCGUUUGCUGGUGGGGAGGUGGACAAAAGAUUGCAACAGCUGAGGACUCAGUUGGCUACUUUGACCAGCUCUUUGGCUACAGUCACCCAGGAGAAGUCUCGCAUGGAGGCUUCUUACUUGGCUGACAAGAAGAAGAUGAAACAGGACUUAGAGGAUACCAAUAAAAAGGCAGAGGAGGAGAGGGGCCGUCUGGAGGGAGAACUGAAGGGGCUGCAGGAGCAGAUCGCAGAAACCAAAGCCCGACUUAUCACGCAACAGCAUGAUCGUGCCCAAGAGCAGAGUGACCAUGCUUUGAUGCUGCGUGAGCUCCAGAAACUGCUGCAGGAGGAGAGGACCCAGCGCCAGGACUUGGAGCUGCGGUUAGAAGAGACCCGAGAAGCCUUGGCGGGGCGGGCAUAUGCAGCUGAACAGAUGGAAGGGUUUGAACUGCAGACCAAGCAGCUGACCCAGAAGGUGGCGGAGCUGAAAGGUGAGCUGCAGGCCAUUCGAGAUGAGAAGAAUCAACCAGAUCCCCGGCUGCAAGAACUUCAGGAAGAGGCUGCCCGCCUUAAGAGUCAUUUCCAGGCUCAGUUGCAGCAAGAAAUGAGGAAGACCGCCCUUGCAGAGGAUCAACUCCGCCAGCAGUCUCAGGUGGAAGAGCAGAGGGUGGCAGCUCUAGAGAAUCAAAUAUCCGAGGUGUCUGAACUGCUAGGCACCUAUGAGAAAGCCAAGCAGAGGGACCAGCUGGCCAUGCAGAAACUAAAGGAGCGCAUUCUGCAGCUGGACUUGGAGAACAAGACGUUGGCUCUUGCGGCCUCCAGCCGGUCCACUCUAGACAGCUAUGGAGAGGAGUCCAAUCUGGAUGUCAAUGUCCUGAAGGAUAAGAUGGAGAAGCUGAAGAGGCUGUUGCAGGUUGCAGCCAGGAAAAGCCAGGUGACCCUGGAUGUGGAGAAACUCUGCGAUGUGGAGGUAAUGCCCAGCUCAGAGACUGCUGAUGGGGAGAAGGCCACUGCCCUCUACUACCAACAGGAGCUGAAACAGCUGAAGGAAGAGUUUGAGAGGUACAAGAUGAGGGCUCAGGUCGUCUUGAAGAGCAAGAACACCAAAGAUGGCAACCUGGCGAAGGAGCUGGAGGCAGCCCAGGAGCAGCUUGCAGAGCUAAAGGAGAAGUAUAUCUCUCUACGGCUGUCCUGUGAGGAACUUGAGCGCCAGCGCCAGCAGGAGGCUGAGAACUGGAAGCAGGAGCUGGCCCGGCUGCAGCAGCUCCACCGGCAGGAGCUGGAGCAGAGUCAGCUGGACUUCAGGGACCGCACACUGAAACUGGAGGAGGAGCUGCACAAGCAGCGGGACCGUGCUCUGGCUGUGCUUGCCGAGAAGGACUUGGAGCUGGAGCAACUGCGUUCUGUGGCUUUGUCCUCUGGGCUGCCGGGACGCAGAAGCCCUGUGGGUGGUGGGGGGCCUGGGGACCCAGCUGACACAUCUUCCCCAGAUAGCCUGACCCAAGCAUUGCAGUUUGCUGCUGCCAACGAGCCCACUUUCUUCCUGUAUGCCGAGCAGUUGGCCCGCAAGGAGGUGGAGAUCACAUCGCUGAGAAAGCAGAAACACAGGCUGGAGGUAGAGGUGCAUCAGCUGCAGGAUCGGCUGCUGGAGGAGGGGGAGAGGCAUCGCGAGGAGGUUGGAGCCCUGCAGAGCCACAUCGAAAAGAACAUCAGGGACCAGAGCAGGGAGGGAGCCAACCUGGAAUACCUCAAGAACAUCAUCUACCGCUUCCUGACCUUACCUGACACCCUGGGCCGCCAGCAGACUCUCACAGCCAUACUGACUAUCUUGCACUUCAGUCCAGAGGAGAAACAAGUGAUAAUGAGGCUCCAAACCAGUGGUAGCUGGUGGCCUUCUGGCAAGAGAUGAUGCCAUUUCCAACCAACUCCUGAAAUUUCUGUGCCUCUUUUAUGUGGGGAGGGCAGGCUCUUGUUUCUACUGCCUCUUCUCUUAUUUUAUUGCUUAUUUUCUGACUGUGUUGAUCUAGGAGGAAUCUUCAGUGUGGGAUGGGAUUUUCAGCCAAAUGCCAUUAAUGCUGCUUUAUCCUUGGGCCCUAGAGAUACUGAAAGUGUUGAGACAUCAUCUUCUGGUGGUGUGUAUAAUGAGGGAGGGUGAGAGGUUAGGACUGAGAGGUGCAAAAGUUGGGUAAGUAGUGAGAGUCUUUUAAAAUAAGAUAUUUUUUUUUGUUAUAAUAUUAUGCUUCCAGUUCAGUGCUAGGAGUAAAUAUGACUCCAAAGGGAGUUCAGUUAAUUUUGAAACAUGCACAAUGACCAGCUAUUUAUUCUGUCUCAUCACAAUCCAAGUUGGUCUGCUGCUGCCCCAAUUCUCUGGGGACCUAAACCCAGGAUGGAAAGGGAUCAGGAAAUUUGAAAUAGUGACAGAUUGUCCAUUAGUCCAAAGGGCCAAGGAAUAGUGAGUUCUGGAACUGGGAAGCUUGGACCUGGUAAUGACCUAAGCAAUCUAGACAAAACACACCACUUGUGACCAUUCUAGAGAGAGCCCUGAGCGCUACUUUGAAGUUAGGGAUUUCCUGAGUGACCUGCGUUUGGCCUGCAAUGGCUUAAAAUAGACCUUUCUCAGUUGUCCUUAUCUUCACCUGUCUGCCUAAGGUUGGCCUGAGAAUGAGUGAAUGGUUUUGCUGUCUUCUUCUCAAUGUUGAACCUUUUAUAAAGUAAUAAGAUCCUAGUGUUUUGGGCUGGCUGGUUUGUUCAGUUGGUUAGAGCAUGGUGUUGUAAUACCAAGGUCAAGGGUUUGGAUCCCUGUACCUGCUAGCCAACAAAGCAAAACAAAAAAAUCUUAGCUUCUUACAGAGAGAGGUCUGAAUGGUAAGCUCUGAUCCUGCCUGGAUAUGAGGAACUGGCUGAGAGAUUUUCUCCCAGCUGCUUCUGCCUUUGUAGGGACAGGGAAAAGGGGGAAGAUUUGCUGCAGAAGAUCCAAAAAAAUUGCUGUGACCCUUACAGGAAAGUGGUGGAAGUUCAGCUGAAGCUGGGCUGGAGUACUUUCUGCCCUGUGGUCUUGGCAUAAGUAGAUUCAUUGUGCUCUUUAAGGACAGGUGACUUGUUAUUCAGGCAAUCUGAAAAGGAUGUUCUCGGAAAACUUGGGUCCAAACAGUAUCAGUUUCCUUGUUCUUUCCUUUCCCACAUCUGCUCUUGCUGGUUAAAGAGAUCUUUGGAUCCUAAAAACCCAUGCUUGGUCACUAAUAUUUAUCUUUCUGUAAUUUCAUCAUAGAGGUCUGUUUUGUGAAUUUUGGGUGCAGGAGACUUUGAUUAAAUCUUCUGAGUGGGGGGCCAGGUGACCUGGGUUGUCUACAGUGAGCAGACUUAAGUGGAACAGAAGUGAUGUAUUCAAAUGGUAAUAACAUAGACGUGGAAUCAUUAAACCUGAGCGACUUGA